AUGAAGACACAUAUGAAGAUGUCUGAAAGAAUAGACACGCGAGUUAUUCAAGUGACAAAUGUUGCGCCGAGCUGUUUGAACGAACAGCUUAGGACGCUGUUCACUUAUCUUGGACGCGUGAAAGAUAUGCGGGUGUAUCCGCCAGAAAAUACAGAAGGAGCUGUAGCCAGGGUAGCCUAUAUUGAGUUUGAUGACUCCGUUACAACAGGGGUGGCUUUGCAUCUUAGUGGCACCGUGUUUAUUGACCGGGCUUUGAUGGUUGUCCCUGUUAUGGACGGGAAAAUUCCAGAUGAGACUACAGCUCUUCAGCUGACCCCACAAGCUGUGGCUGGAAUGUUGCCUGGACAACCCACAUGGCCGGCUAAUGUGGUCAGUCAGAUGACGGGUACUGGAGCUAACCAGGUGAUCACUACGUAUGACCCCCGGCUGACUUCCUUGGGGUUGCCCCAGUAUCCAUCCCUGGCAAUGACUACAGAUGCCAGCAAAAUUGAAGAGAUCCGGCGAACAGUGUAUGUUAGUGAUCUUGAUCCCAAGAUUUCGGCAGAAAUGUUGCUGAGUUUCUUCUCUCAGGUGGGAGAGAUCAAGUAUAUUCGAUUGGCUGGAGAUGAGCGCGCUGGAGCACGGGCUGCUUACAUAGAGUUUACUGACCAGCGGUCAGUGGCCCAGGCUUUGACUUACAACAAUGUGGUCUUUCAGGGAAGGACAAUAAGUGUCCAGCACUCCAAGACCAGCAUCGUCAAACCUACAGGAAAAGUCAAUGAAGCAUCCCAGCGAGAGAUUGAUGAAGCCAUGAAGAAAGUCAAGGAGGCCUCCAAGCUGAUUUCAGCUGCAGCUGGUGAAUCUAAGAAAGAAUCUUCCCGCUCCCCGGGCCGAAAAAGAUCCCGAUCAAAGUCAAAACGUCGUAGCAGGUCUCCAUCCCGAGUCAGGCGGUCGCGGUCAAGAUCCAAGGGGCGGCAUCGCCGAUCUCGGUCCAGGCCACGGAGGUCCAGAUCCCGCCAUCGAACUCCAAGGAGAUCUAGAACUCCCAUAAGAAGGAGGAGGUCCCGUUCUAGGGGACGAGUUGUUCCCCCUGCUGCUUCUGUGGCUCGGAGAUCCAGAUCAAGAGACAGACGGAGGUCUAGAACUCGCUCGCCUGUGAGACGUCGACGAUCCCGCACUCGUUCAAAAACACCACGACGCCGCUCGCGAACUCCUCCAAGAUCAUACAGCAAGUCAAGAAGUAGAAAGUCCCGUUCUCGUAGCAAGCGCAGAAGCCGCUCCAGAGAUCGUAAGGAAAAAGCCAAAGAGAAGAAGAAGAGUGUUUCUCUUUCACCUCCUCAUCUGGAACGAAAUGGGUCAAUUCCACCUAAGGACGAUGAAGAAGAUAAAGGAGGGGAGUCUCCGAAAAAGCUGGAUAGCAGUACUGCAGCAGCGGGAGAAGUAUCCAGAGCUAGUAGUAAGAGAAGAUCACCCUCACCUGUGAAACCACCCAAGCGCAGGAGCCCCACACCAAGAAAGCGUAGCCGUUCUCGGUCACCAGGCCGUCGCAAGAGGAGAAGGAGAACGAGAUCGCCAUCACCACGGAAGAAGUCUAGGUCUCGCAGCGGCUCCAGGCAUAGGUCCAAGCGUGACCGCAGCAAGAGAAGCCACAGCAGAGAUCGCAAGCGUGACAUCAAGAAGAAAACCGUUAGAGACAAGGAGGAGAAGAAGAAAGAGUCCAGUUCUUCUAAGGUGGUACGUGAUUAUGACGAGGAAGAGAAAGGAUUUGCCAGUGGCAGUGACCGGAUUAGAGAAGACAGUGAGCCUAGAUCCUCAGGCUCUCCACCUCCACUGGAGGCAGAAGAUGUUGAGGUUGAGGAUAAGGAUUCCGAUCACCAGCCUGUUGACAUGGACAUGAGCGACUAA